CCCGGGGUAGCUAGGAGGGGGUGAGGCCAGCCAUUCAGUUCGCGACGCGCAACGGGGUAGCACGCGCGCCAACGCGACACCACAAGAUGUCAUUCCAUUUUUGAAAAUCAUAGUGCAGUGCAAACAUACAUCAACAGAUUAGGGGCAAAGAUGACGAAAUUUCACGUACUCCUGUUCGCUCUCUUCGCAGUUUCUCUGGCACUGGUGUCCGCCCUGCCGAGCCCCACGGUGUCCGACGAUGACGAUGACGACGACGACACUACGCCGCAGAGCAGGGCGGACGCUGACGACGAUGGGCGGGUGUACAAGAACCCUAGGAACUCGCCGUCCGCCGAGUGUCCCAGGGACGAGGAGCAGGCAACUAUGCUGGGCCAAAAGUGUUUGAGGAAGUGUUCUUCAGACGAAGACUGCAAAAGUAAGAAGAAAAAAUGCCUCUGCGACGGAGCCUGCGGCAUGUCGUGUAUUAAACCAGAUCGCGAGUGUCCAGAACUGGAGCAACCGGAGAUUGGCAAAAUCACAUUGACCGGAAGGCUGUUUGGCAACAAGGCUGUAUACUCAUGUCCUCACGGAUACCACGUUGUGGGUCUCCAGAGUCGUAACUGCCAAGCUGAUGGCAAAUGGGCGGGGCAGGCCCCAGCGUGUAAAGAAAACAUCUACUGCCUGCAACCUCCGACGAUAGAGCACGCACGCCACUCCGCUUUACCAGAGCAGGAGACAUUCGACCUGGACGCCACCGUACAGUACAACUGCCAUACUGGCUACGUCACCAACGGCUUCCCGAGGGCGAAAUGCCUUGCCAUCGACGGCCAAGCCUCGUGGUACGGUCCAGACAUCAGCUGUGAGCCUCGGUCCUGCGGCGAACCAGGCGACGUGCCCCACGGAUGGGUGACCGCGGACUGCCACACCUUCGGUUGCCGAGCAGUAGUUCAAUGCGGGCAAGGGUUCGAGCUGGUCGGAAAAGCGGAGCGGUACUGCCAAGCAGACGGUGCGUGGGCCCCCAAGGAGCUCCCGACCUGCGUCCUGGUCACCCAGGUGCAGUGCCCCCCGCCAGAAGCACCGAGGCACGGGAAGGCGGUGUACACAUCAUGCGCAUACAAUUCGGUCGUCUCUUAUGAGUGCAAGUAUGGAUAUCGACUUGUGGGAGAUGCGACGAGAAGAUGCGGCGCUGAUAAGAAAUGGUCAGGAACACAACCAAUAUGUAAAGAAAUUAAUUGUGGCCAUCCCGGACAACUCUGGAACGGGUGGCUGGAGAACAUAUCCUCGGGCACAGGGUUAGGAGCGUCGAUAAUCUUUAGAUGCCAAGACGGUAUGAAGAUGGAAGGGAACGGCUCAGCUAUAUGCCAGAACGAUGGCACUUGGAGUCACCCCUUGCCACAAUGUUUAGCACCGUGUGUGGUACCCCAUGUAUCGCAAGGGCGAGUAGUAUUAGUGGAAAACAAAACUGGCGAAAAUUACACGCAAGAAGGGAAUACUCAAAUCGUCGGUAGUUCAUCAAUGGUACAACAUGGUGAGAUCAUAGUGGUGGAUUGCGAAAAGAACUAUGAGUUUCCAUCCAAUAAUGCUGCAGUCACAUGCAAUAACGGGACGUGGACACAGAUACCUAGAUGCCAACCGGCAAGAUGCAAGAAAAUGCCAAGAAACCCACGAAACGGUAUGGUCCUGGCCCCUAAAACGGAACACGGGAUGAAAGCACGCUUCAGAUGUAAAGAUGGAUUUGAGCUGAGAGGCAAUCCUAUUGUUGUCUGCUCGUUUGGCAAUUGGAGUGGAGAAGCCCCGAAAUGUGAAGAAGUAUUUUGCCCUUUCCCCGGUUACAUCGAAAACGGUAAAGUUCUUCUAGUUGGUAAUAUGGGGCUAUAUGAUUAUCGACCGUAUGUUAAAAAGGUGGUUAACAAUAAACAAAUCAUGUAUGAAUGUGAAAAAGGCUACGUUCUUUCUGAAGGGCCACCAGGAGCCACAUGUAUAGGUGGUCAUUGGAGCCCCAGAGAGCUACCCAAAUGUACUCUAUACCAACAUCCACGUAUAAGGUGGAGUCGUCGGAGGCGAUCCAUUCCAGAACCCGAAAUCCGUCAUAGAAGGUCUGCUUAUCUCCGCCAAUACUAUACAAACCUACGUCGAAGACCCGAUCCUACACAACAAUACCUAGAUCAACUUUACGAAAAAUAUAAUCAUGAUACUCAAAAGCCAACUUUGAGGCAUGCUAAUUUCAAACUCAUGAAGAAAUAUGAUACCGAUUUAGAAGACGAUUUAUCUACUGGAACUGAUGAUAAUGCUGACGGUGAAAAUUAUCCGACUGCUGUUUACACAGUCUAUAAUGUUCACGGUGAACCUAUUGGUCAUAGAUUAUAUUCUUACCAACCAGUAUACGAACCAGAGGAAGAUGAAAUUGUGGAGAGUGCUAAUAGUUCAGAAUAUGAAGAUUCUGAAGAACUGGGCGAUCUGUCCCACUUAACGAUUUUAAAAGGUGGCCUUUUUCCAGAUAAUAGAAUAGGAAAUAAAAAUGCUCCAAGCAUUAAUAAACUAAAACAUGAGUAUUUUGAAAGAUACGUAGACAAGAGAAGAAAGAGAUUUUCAAAUCUUAAAACUGCUAAUGAGUCGAAAACGGAACUUGAUUUAGAAUUAGAAGCUGAUAGCACUAUGCGACUUACUACAAGUACAACAGAAACGCCUAAAAAGAGGUUCAGACGAUAUAUAAACACUGAAGAGUCCGACAGAGACGUGUGGACCUUAAGACCAACUUUAAAGAAAACUGCAUCAACUAAUGAUGUUACAACGGAUAAUCUUAAAGUUAUUCCAUUAGGUUCAAAUGCUAAUGAUGAAAUACUUAUUAACCAACAUAGUUUCAGUAGAGAAAUGGAAGUAAUUCCAUUACAGUACAACAACACAAAUUCUACUGAAGUUGAUAACAUUAUUGAUAAACGUGAUAAGAGAACAAGUAGAAAAACAGAUAGACUAAACCAAACAACAGCUACUGUACCUAAAACAGUUCGUGAAAAUAAAGGCAGACUACGUAAAAGUCAAUCAGAAUCGAGUGAGGACGACCGAAGCACUGAGUUGAAAGACACAGUAGAUGGCAGUAAAGAAGGUAAUCAAACUGAAAAGGGAAAGAAAGGACGACCUAAGAGCCCUUGUGAGCCAAUAGAGAGCGAACCUUAUAUAAACGUUGAAAUUGUUAAAUAUGGACGGGAUCCAAACAACACUUUUAGUUCAGGAACAAUAGUGCGAGUAGCUUGUGGAAAGGGUUAUGGACUUAACUUGGAACCAAAUACAACUGCGAAAUGCGUCCGAGGCAGAUGGAAACCAGAAAAACCAAAAUGUGAAAUACAACCAUGUCAUGUACCUGCGACUGAGUAUGGUAUCUAUACGAUGCCAUCAGAUCCUGGACACCUGAUGACAGCCAGCCAAGUGCUGGGAACCCCUAGCAUAGGUCACGGGGAUGAGAAAGAACUGAACGAAACAGACCCCAUACCUAAUGGGCAAGUCAUACAUUUCUCGUGCGAAUAUGGGUACAAUGUACAAGGUCCAACAAAUCUACGAUGUUGGCUUGGAGAAUGGGCUGUAACAAGUAUGCCUGAAUGUGUAGCAGCACCAUGCGAACUACCCUUGCUUCAUGGGGCGACAUACGAGGCAGGGUACAGGGCAGGCUUGACAGUUGCACACGCGUCCUCUGUCAAUAUAGCAUGUGAAGCUGGCAGAUCUCCACCUGCCACUCUCAACUGUCACCUGGGGAGACUGCAGCCUACAGUACAUGAUUUCUGCAGACCACUAGCUAAUUUGUCAAGACCACGACCGACAUCGGAAUAUCAAAGUGGCUCCGAUAUUGUUCGCGAAGACAUAUCGGAACUGGAGCCCGACAUAGAUGGAAAAACUGUGACGGAUUGUGGGCCUCCUGCUAGGGUUCAAGGCACUCUCAUAUACCGCGAUGGAGCCGAAGUGAAUGGAACCCUUGGGGUGGAAGGGUACCCUCAUGGUACUGAGAUCACCUUCAGCUGCAUAGCGUCCAUAAUGGGUGAGAAGACCACGUGGAAACUGAUCUGUGAACAUGGAGAUUGGGUCGGCAAGAGUUUCAACUGCGAAGAAUUGGAGGCGCAGAGCGAGGAGCUGUUGAACAACAAUAGUUGCACUUUUAGGAAUGAAGAACCUCAUGUGGUAUCGUUUUUCAACGACUUAGAGAUUACCGAGACAGUGGACUUCCCAGCGGGAACUGUUAUAGUAUCCAGAUGCAGUGACAUUGGGAAGUACGCGAUGACUGGCUCACAAGCUCGUAAGUGCAUCGGCGGAUCGUGGGAUGGUGCUAAGCCAACCUGUUUCGGACUAAACCAGGAGAACGAUUAUGCCAUGGAGAAGCCGCCCACGAUCCUGUUCCGGCACUCGCAGGGCCCCAUAGCACAGACCAACGACGGAAAACUGUUAGUCUACCCGGGAACAGUGCUCCAUAUGGAGUGCUUAUGGAUGCGACGAUUCGGAAACCCAAAGUGGAACGUGACGCAUUAUGUUCCAUCCGAUCCUGAGCGCAAGUAUCCGGAAGGUUGGACCACAGAUCCCGGGCGAGACAGCCAAUUGGAAUACCGGCUCAGCAUAAUGGGCGCUGAAAAGGAGGACUCUGGUAUAUACGGCUGUGAAACGCCAGCAAGACAGAUCCACCAGGUCGAAAUUAUCGUAGAAGACGUACAUUGCCCCCCUCUGCCCAUUCGGCGAGGACUGGUGGCCAACGGGCUGGGCACCAGAUUAGGCACGGAGAUCAGGUUCUCGUGUGCCAAUGGGAACGCGCUGCUUGGCGCCCAUACGCUUAUUUGCAGAGCCUCUGGGAAUUGGUCCGCACCACUACCCGUUUGCGAGAGCGUAGAGUGCGGCGAGGUGAUCCACGAUACACCUCUAGGCGCGGGUGAACGAAGACCCCGUGUGGCCGUAGUGUCUCGAGGGGUUGGAGGGCGCGCCGCCUUCUCCUGUCCCGCGGGGUGGGCUCUCCGGGGCGCCUCCGAGACAGUUUGCCUACCCGCCGCUGAUUGGGCGAGACCCUUCCCCGUUUGCACAGAAGUGUCGUGCCCAGCUCUCCCUCCGCCCGCGUCGGGCUACGUACUCGGUCGAGCGCCGUACAGAGCCGGAGAUGUACUGCAGUUCCAUUGCAACCCGGAGCAUACGCUACACGGCAGGCCGAUCCUCGUGUGCCAGGAUAGUGGCCGGUGGAGUGACAAAGCUCCCACAUGUGCACAAGCCUGUACCUACCCGGGCACCACAAUAUCAGGGAGGAUGUCUUCAGUGAAGUUCUAUUACAAGAUCGGGGAAACUGUCACGUUCACGUGCGAACCUGGUUACAGGCUGAAGGGAGCGCCAAUGUUGCGAUGUCUCAAGAACAGAAAAUGGUCGAACGCCAUUCCACUGUGCGCUCCGAUUACGAACUUCACCUCAUCAUCGGAAUCACUAGCAAUGCUGAACGGCGACAUCGACGCCAUGUUAUCGGACAGCGCCAUCUAUCCGACGGAUGUUCUGAAAACGCGCGAAACACCCGCCAUUUUGACUCCCGAGAGCUACAAAGCCGCGAUGACGCGCGUCGCCGCUACAAGGUUACUGCGGAGAGCACCUAUAGAGAUACACAAAAACAGAAUUUUAAGAGUUACCAAUCUCCUAAGAAGAGACAACGAGAGAUAAUUUUAAAUUUCGAAUUAGCUUAAUUACGUUCCGUUUUGUUUUCAUAUUUUUAUGUUGUUAAUUUCGAAUAAGUGAAUGGACGUGUCAAUUUGAAAAAAAUAAUAAUUUACCUACAUGUUGAAAAAGGUUUAGUGUGAUUUCUUUUAUUGAAAAAAUAUUUGAUUAGAAGUACCUAAUAUUUUUUUGGGAUUAUUAUUAGUAUAUAUUAUUAAUAUUACAACAAAAAAUAAUUGGAUGAAAAUUAUAACAACAAUAAAUGUUUCAACUAUCUAAUGCCGGCACUUCGCUUGGCUACAAACUAGACAUCAGUACUUAUGUCCUUUUCGUUCCUUAGAAAGCAUGAUAAGAAUAGACUCUUUCAAGUUUACAAAUAUCCAAUUCGAAUAGCCAAGUGAAAUGCCAGCAUAACGUUACUUAUGACAUAUUUGUAUCACGACUGAUACAACAAACAAUUACAAAGUUUGUAAUAAAAAAAAACCGUAAGUGUUCUUUUCUUUGAAAUGUGUACAAUAUCUCUUUCUUCUCUCUCUCUCUUCCUGUAUGUACAAUAACUACCAAUGUACUUAUUGAAAAUGGAUUUGAAUGAAGCCUGAAAAGGCUCAAAAAUGUAUAAUUUAAAUUGUAGCAAAAGUAUUACAAUAUGAAUUAAUUUUGUAUUUUUGAAGACUGUUAUUUAAAUAGUAAAUUAAUUGAUAAAGCUAUUUAUUAGUUACCAUUAUAUUGGAUAAGUUCGAAAAAAAAUGUUAUUAGAUUAUUUUUUGUUAGGUAAGUACGUGUAAAUAACAUAUUGCUUCGCCAAAGAAAAGAAUAUUCGUAUAAAUAUUAGUCCAAACAAUUUUAUGUAGAUAUAAAAAUGGAAUAGAUGUAAGUUUAUUGAUUAAAUUAUUGAUAUAAUAUAGUAAAUAAAUAAAUAAUUUAACAGAAAUAAUUGAUUAAGCUAAAUCUAUAUCACGCACAAACCUUUAAAAAAAUAAUAUAUCGGAAUGUAUGUAAUCAUUGAAGUUAAUUAAGAUAAGCUCCAGUACUAUAACUUACAAAAGUAAAAACUCACACAAUAGGGAUGAUGACUAAUUUUUUUUCUCCGUUUAUCAGGUAGAUUAUCAAAAAGUAUUGGACACGUAUUUUUUCUUUUUUCCACAUAAUGAUAUUAAAAGGAGGUCACGAGCCCCUACUUCCAAACUUUGACGCGCUAUAAUUUUGUCAUUUUUUGGUUGAUUGCCCAAAGAAAAAAUACGUUUUUCAUUAUUUUUUGAUCAUCUAACUGACGGACUAAAAAGAAUUUCGUUUAUUGUACCCCGUCAUCACCCCUAUUAAUUUCAAAAGCCUAAAAAACAAUAUUAAGUUUGACUUUUGGCUUAACAAAGUAUAUCGAAUAAUCGUCACCUAUCAUGAAAUUUAUAAUUAUAUAAAGUAAAUUUUUACACUUCGAAAAGACAUGUUAAUCUUUGAUACCAGAAAACAAAAAUAACUAUGAUGUUAUGUUUAUGAAGUCCACUAUACACCCCGGCACACUUCUUGAGCAACGACCAUAAACAAGCUAGCCUGCGCAGCAAUUUUACAUUCAAAAAGUCUACUGCGCAAGUUAAUUUGUCUUUGGUUUUGCCCAAGAAGUUUGCUGCUACCUGUAAGGUUGAUAUUACUGGAGCUUUUCUGGAUAAAAUGCAUAUCAGAAAAAUGUCGCAUAUCUUUUUUUUAAGCAUUAUAACUCGAGAUUUAAAAAAUAAAGUACAGUUUUAACGCUUUCGCGUUAGUAAUCGUGUAUAUAAGUUUCUUUAAAAACUACGUAAAAAUAAUGUCGUCGACCGAGAUUAACUAAAUAAAACGCCAAAUAAAAGUACCUACCUACCUACGACGA